UUUGUUCGGGCUCGGCCGAUGGGGGGGGUUCGGAUUUCGGGGUAUUUCUUCCCGUCUCUCGUCGACGGCAUCCACCAGCAAAGAAACUCCAGAUCUCACUCAUCAUGAGUCAUCAAAACAGCUGGAGCAGGAUCUUUCGACCGGUUCCCAGUAUCCCACUUCUCAGUGGCACCAGUUCGUGGUCCUCACGAGACGUACCAUGCUGGGGACAGUUCGCAAUUUUAUGCUCACCGUGCUAAGGAUCUUUGCACAUAUCCUGUUCGCCAUCGUGGUAGGAAUUGUGUAUUACGACAUCGGAAACGAUGGAGCCAAAGUGAUAUCCAACAUCGCACUGGUGAUGCUCUCGCUUCUAUUCAUCGUUUUCACCAACUCGAUGACGGUUGUCUUAACUUAUCCCCUCGAGAUGGCCGUCUUCAUACGGGAGUACAAAAGCAACUGCUACUCUACGGCUGCCUAUUUCUUUUCGAAAAUCGUGGCCGAUUUUCCGAUGUUGAUCAUCGGUUUAACAGCAUUCCAGUUGAUUGCCAACUACUUAACCGGGCAAUCGGACGAACCUAUCCGGAUGCUAACCCUAUGGACUAUGUGCUUUCUGGUAGGGUGGUUUGCUCAGGUUUACGGGAUGCUCGGGGGAAGCCUUUUCCCCAUCGAGGUUAGCCCCUUCAUCAUUCCGGUUACGUUGGUUCCGACGGUGCUGUUUUGUGGAUUCUUCAUCCGAUACGAUGAGUUGCCGGCGGCUUUUCGUCCAUUGACUUUCAUUUCGCCGUUACGAUUUGCCUUUGAAGGGAUCGCCAUGUCGUACUACGGGUUCGAUCGGAAGGAUUUGGAUUGUAGCGAAAUUUUCUGCUAUUAUCGAAAACCACAGAAAAUUUUGGAAAUGUUGGAUAUGGAAGAGAGCAACUAUUGGGUUGAUUUGGGUGGGUUAAUUGGUUGCAUAUUUGUGUUGCACGUUGCUUUAUUUGCUAGCUUACGUUGGAAAGUACGAUAGAUUUUCAUAAUUUGAUUUCAUUUAUGUGAAUGGUUAAUGGAUGCAAAAUGUGAUAAAAUAGACAGUAAGAACCAAGAUCAGUUUAAUCAAUGUAUAGUUUAAGAAAUUAUUAAAGAGAACUUUAAAUAUAUUAUAUGGUUAAGUGUUUUACCUAAAAAAACGAAUACAUUGAUGAAGUGAAAAUAAAAGAUAAUCGCUCUCGGUGCAGGUAAAAUGAGCACUAGGAUGGCCCUGAGCUAAAUGGAAGCCUUUAAAAAAAAAUCACUGCACCAACCCUCUGAUAUCAAUCAUUUAAUCAAAAUUAUAAACUAUGCAAAAUUUCACUUUGAUUGGACAAUAAAAUUAGUCGAUUUGGGAUUAUUUUUGAAUUUCUCAAACCCUCGGAUCAAAAUAGCUUCGUUUUGGUUUUGUACUCGGACAACUCUAAGCUAGGGCUACCAUAUCCCGCAAUAUGUAACCAUUCAGUUACAAAGUAUCUUCAAUGUUUUAAGGGUUGCAGUUUGUUUUAAUUCUUUGUGUUUACUGUCACGAUUUUUAUUUUAUUUUUCUUUUAACUAUUUUGUUGGUUUUAAUUUUUUGUUUAAAUGAUGUGAAUUUGAAAAUGUAGAACAGUUAUGAUGGGGGUGGGAUAAGAUAACAGUCCAUUCUUAGUGGCUUAGUUCGCCUCGCCUUUGCCGUGAAGUCGACUACCGACUGAACAUCUCGCCAUGCCCCGGAGGCGAAAAGACGAGAAGCCAGAAAGGAGGCGAAUAAGAGCUGUGUCCGGAAAAAGGGCAUUCGAGUUCAGGCGUGCGUAUGUUGAACAUCUCAGGAGCAUUCACCGAGUGAGUUGUGAAACCGGAAGUGGCUUUUUAAGGGAAAAUCUGUAAGAAUCCCUAGUACUUUCAUCCUUGGAUUUUAUGAGGACAACACAUGCUUCGGCCUAGCAGAUGCUUGUAUCUACGUCUAACAGUAAAAGGGUAUCACCCAAGAAUACCCACCUGAGGUCACCAACCAGUUGCAACAUACACACCAAGUGUUCGCUACGAGCGGACAAUGCAGGCGGCUUCGAUAGCAGCACCAGCAAAAAUAGUACCGGUACGUUACCCAAGAAUCCUGUUAUCACACCCACACCC